AUGGCAUUGGCCAAAGCUGUAACUGGAGUUUACAUUGUUGCUGCAAAGCGCACUGCAUUUGGAACAUUUGGUGGGAAACUGAAGGACAUUACAGCCACUGAUCUGGCUGUGUAUGCAUCUCAGGCGGCUCUCAAGGCUGGAAAUGUGAAUCCCCAGGAUGUUGGCUCAGUUGUGUUUGGCAAUGUUAUUGCUUCAGCAGCAGAUGGAAUAUAUUUGUCCCGGCAUGUUGGUCUUAAGAGUGGAAUUCCAGAAGCUACACCCGCCCUGACUGUAAAUCGACUUUGUGGAUCAGGCUUUCAGGCCAUUGUUAAUGGGGUUCAGGAUAUUUUAUUGGGAUUGAGUGAUAUUGUUCUGGCCGGAGGCACAGAAAACAUGAGCCAGUCCCCGUAUGCUGUGAGAAAUAUACGCUUUGGGACCCGACUCGGUGAAGAUCUUAAGCUGCAAGAUAUGCUGUGGGAGGGACUCACAGAUACCUAUGUCAAGCAGCCAAUGGGAAUGACAGCAGAAAAUUUGGCAGAGAAGUUUGCCAUAAGCAGGGAAGAAUGUGACAAAUAUGCAGUACAGACACAAGCAAGAUGGAAGAAAGCCAACGACAGUGGGGUCUUUAAGGAUGAAAUUGUUCCUAUAACUAUCAAGGGAAGAAAAGGAGAUGAAGUUUUUGAGGUAGAUGAACAUCCUAGAGCAGCCACCCUUGAAGGUAUGGCCAAACUUCCACCAGUUUUCAAGAAAAAUGGAACAGUCCAUGCAGGAAAUGCUUCAGGAAUCUGUGAUGGUGCCAGUGCCUUGAUUCUUGCCAGUGAAGCCGCUUUGAAGAAAUUUAAAUUGCAGCCUUUGGCUCGAAUUGCGUCCUUUGGAAUUUCUGGCUGUGACCCAAAAAUCAUGGGUAUCGGUCCAGUCUCAGCUUCAAAGGCUGCCUUGGCCGCUAUAGGGAAGACUAUCAAAGAUAUGGAUGUUGUGGAGGUAAAUGAGGCCUUUGCACCCCAGUUCUUGUCUGUGAGUAAAGAGUUGGGUCUCGACAAUGAUAAAACUAAUGUCAAUGGUGGUGCCAUAGCUCUAGGACAUCCUCUGGGAGCAUCUGGAGCCAGGAUAACAACCAAUCUUGUUCAUGAAAUCAGGCGACGACAGCUGAAAUAUGCAUUGGGUAGUGCAUGUAUUGGAGGUGGACAAGGCAUCACAGUUAUCGUGGAGAAUGUUUAA